AUGGUUCGACUAACGAUGGAUGUAAUUGCUAAAAGCAUCAGUCACAAGAAUCGCAGUGAAGAGGGUUUUGGACAAUACCUGCAAAAAAUAACUCACCUGAAUUUAUCAGAUAGGAACAUAGAUGUAAUUGGUGACCUCUCUGCGUGUAAAAAUCUUAGAGUUCUAUAUUUAUAUGAUAACCAAAUCAGUCAAAUCCAGAACCUGGACUUUGCUUCUAAUAUAACACACCUUUACCUUCAGAACAAUUGUAUUUCAUGUAUAGAAAACCUCUCAUCUCUGAAAAAGCUUGAAAAACUGUAUUUGGGGGGCAACUGCAUCACUGUGGUAGAGGGUCUGGAUAAAACAGAAAAAAUAAAGGAGCUACAUAUUGAAAAUCAACAUCUGCCUCUUGGUGAAAAGCUUCUCUUUGAUCCGAGAUCUCUGAGAUCCCUGGCAAAAUCUUUGUCUGUUUUGAAUAUCAGCAACAACAACAUUGAUGAAUUAGAAGAACUGGCAGUUUUGGAAAAUCUUUCUUACCUUAGAGCCACUGACAAUCAACUUCAAAAUAUGGAGGAUGUGGAGGCUGUGUUAAACAAAUGGAUAAAGCUACGCAGAAUGGAUCUUAUGGGAAACCCCAUCUGCCACAAACCAAAAUACAGGGACAGGAUCGUUGUACAGUCACAAACUUUAGAAUCCCUUGAUGGGAAGGAAAUUAAAGAAAUGGAAAGACAAUUCCUAAUGAAUUGGAAAGCCUCCAAAGCUGCCAGGAAAAAAAGCAAAGAAAGAAUGACAAAUGAACAUACAGCUUAUCUACAUUUUUCUGACUUUGAAACACUUGAUCCUAUUCUUCCCUGUCACCACCGUCAGUCUGUGAAAGAAAAGUCAAAUUCUUCAAUUUUGUUUGAGAUGGACAAAGUUGAAAGAAAACCUCUGCAGAAUCCUGGAAAAAAACAUAAGCUGGACAAAAACUCAGCGAUAGCAGCCAAGGUGGUCUCUGCAAACCCUACUCACCAGUCUCACUAUGCAAUCUCUCUAAUGGCACUCUGCAGCAAGCUGGAUUUGGACUUGUCCAAAGAUAGUGAGGGGGAGCUCCACCACUGCUAA